GCAGCCAUUUCACCCUUCACCCUAGUCAAUGAGAGCCAUUUGGAUUGUUAGAUGACUACUACUUCAUUUCCUAAAGAAAAGAGCAUCUCUUGACUGAAAAACAGAGGUAAUAAGACAAUAGGCAGGACUUGAGGAUAACAACACCGACCGGCAGUAGAAAGCUGAGAUAACGAGGCUCCUGACAGGCAACCGGGGUGUCAGCUGCUCAAGAAUGAACUUUCCCCUGUGGAAACGGUGGAUCACCUCCUUUACGCCUCUUCUCUUAAGCUGCCCUGCAGGUGUCCAUAUCCUUGAACAAAGUGGAGUUAAGCGUUGGAGAGUCCAAGUUCUUUAUCUGCACAGCCAUCGGUGAACCAGUCAGGCUGGAGUGGUACAACCCCCAGGGUGAGCGCAUACUGCCCUCAAAGCGAAUGGCGCUCCACACAGAGACAUCACGAUCCAGGCUCAUCAUUUACAAUGCCAUCAUCGAGGACGCGGGGAUCUACCGCUGUCAGGCCACGGAUGCCAGCGGUCACACUGUGGAGGCCUCCGUCGUCCUGGAGAUUUACCAGAGGCUGACGUUCCGGGAUGUUCAGUCGCCGCAGGAGUUUCGCUAUGGCGAGACGGCAGAGGUGGUGUGUGACGUCAUUAGCUCCCCGGUGCCAGUGGUGGUGUGGUACUACCAGGACAACGAGAUUACUGAGGAACACCACAGCAGGUUCCAGGUGCUGGAGAACAACAACCUGCAGAUCCAUCAGGUGACCAAGGCCGACGAAGGCGUGUACCGCUGCGAGGCCAGCGUGGAGACGCGAGGGGAGAUUGAUUUUGUGGACAUAGCUGUGGUGGUCAAUGUCCCUCCGGUGUUGUCAGUGUUCCAGCAGUCCUUCAAUGCUACAGCCGACUACCAGGAAUCAGUCACCUUUACUUGCAUCACUUCUGGAUCUCCUGACCCAUUGGUCACAUGGCACAGGAAAGGGCAGCAGCUGGAGCCUUCAGAGCAGUACAUCAUUAACAGGCUGGAAGGUGGGCAGAGCAUGUUAACCAUCCGCAACAUCCGACAAGCUGACGGAGGAACUUACUCCUGCAGGGCCACUAACAAGGCGGGAUCUCAGGAAAGAGAGCUGUUCCUCAAAGUGUUUGUCCAGCCCCAUAUCACCCAGCUGAAAAACGUGACAGCGGUAGAGGGCAGCGCCGCCAUGAUCUCCUGCGUGGCCGAGGGCGAGCCUCUGCCUGACAUUUCCUGGAGGAGAGCCAGCGACAGCCAGACCUUCGUGGACGGAGACAAGAGUCGGGACGGCCGGUUUGAGGUUCGUGGCCGUCACGGUAAGUCUGUGUUGACCAUCAGUGGGGUCAGGCUCACCGACUUGGGUCGAUUUGAUUGCGAGGCGCAGAGCAGGAUAGGAGGUCAUCAGAAGAGCAUGUUUCUGGAUAUUGAGUAUAUCCCAAAAUUCCUGACCAACCAUACCAUUUAUUACUCGUGGGAGGGGAAUCCAGUCAACAUAAGCUGUGACGUGAUGUCUAACCCGCCUGCUACCAUGCUGUGGAGGAGAGAACGCUUCACCAUCUCAGAGGGAACCCCCAACAUGCAGAUACACAGCGCAGAGGGCAAGUCUGUGCUGGAGGUGACUCCAAUGUCUGACAGAGACUUUGGCCGCUAUAACUGCACAGCCCGGAACAACAUUGGAGUCCGAUACCAGGAGUUUAUUUUGGCCCAGGCAGAUGUACCAUCAAAUCCAUACUCAGUUCGUCUGUCAGCUGUUUCCCAACGCUUGGCCACUGUCACAUUCAUGAAACCAGACUCCCACGGUGGGGUUCCCAUCAGCUACUACCUGGUCCAGUACAAGGAACUGGGCUCCCAGGACUGGAGGGAUGUCAAGUCACACAGUGUCCAGACCACAGUGGUGCUUACAGGACUGGAGCCCAACACAACGUACGAGGUUCGAGUGGCAGCUGUAAACGGAAAAGGUCAGGGAGAGUUCAGCCACACUGAGACCUUCCAGACUUUACCUAUCCGAGAGCCGAGUCCGCCAGCCGUUCAUGGCCAGAGAGGAAUGGGUAAGGCCUACCGGCUGGGGCUGGUCAAGCAGGAUGAUGGAGGGAUGCCCAUCGUGGAGUACAUAGUCAAGUACAAGACUGAUAAAGAAGAGCAAUGGAUGACCAAGCUGGUUCCAGGAGCAAACGACUUUGCGAUGCUGCAGCCGCUGCAGUGGAACACGAGAUAUGAAGUGGAAAUCACAGCGCGCAACGUCAAAGGCCUGUCGGAGCCCACCUUCUAUCAGUUCUUCAUGCCACAGAAACCUGACAUUACAGCAGAAUCCCUGUUCAGCGGCCUGGGGCUCGGUGCGGUGGUGGGCCUCGGUCUGGGAGCGCUGCUGCUGCUCUUGGUGCUGGUGGAUGUCAGCUGCUUCUUCCUGCGUCACUGCGGCCUGCUGAUGUGCAUCACACGCACGCUGUGCAGCAAGAAAACAGCCACCAGUGGUAAAGGCAAAGAAAUGGAAGAGGGCAAGGCUGCUUACCUGAAGCUACCGCUGAAGGAAGAAAAUGGAAAAGAGUCUCUCAAGCCGGAUACGAUUGAAAUCAAAGUGCACAGUGACAACAGCAUCCAUAUAAAACCAGACGACAGCAAAGCGUAAAAAGAGUCGGCCCCCUCGCCACCAAAUGAACAUUCGGAUCAUGAGACCAAAACCCAGAGAAACUACAACACUGGAAAAUACUGGAGUAAAAUACUUUAUCUGUUUAUAACAGUGCCCCAGUGAAAGGCAUGUGUAAAUACAAAUUAUAGAGAGAAAGUGGACAGAAAGAAAGGGUUAACCUCUGGGGGUGGUUAAUAUGGCACGUUAACCACCCAGAGUGGUUACCAUACCAUGUCCUCACAAACAUGGAAUCAGUGGAAGGUUCUUGUUGAUCAAUGAUUGUAUAUUAUUAUUUUUUGCCUUUAUUUUUACCACUUUUGGCUGUUCCUUGGUUUAAUUUCUCUUAUUAUGUUGCUAAGGUAUUUUCAUGCAGUUAAACGGAUGUCUGUGCCCCUCCCCUUCUUCUUAAUUUUCUGUGGAACAAAAAAAAAAUCACAAUCAAGGAGGCAUAAGUUUUCAAAAUUUUUUGUCCGAACAAACGCAUGGGCCCAAUGUGAGCCUGAAAGUCACAAUGCAGGAACCAUUUUAUGCCUUUAAUAGCUGAACAUAAAUCUAGUUUGUCAGAAAAAACGGUACACAGUGAUUUGUAAGAAAAAAUAUGGACUUAUUAUUUGAUAAAUUAUGAUCUUGAUAGGCUGUUGCAGGAAAAUAAGCUAGAAAAAUAAGAAUUUUUUUAACAAAAAAAAUGUAAAAAAUAAGAGAAUGCAGCACGUGCAUACAUUAUAUGUCAUUGAUGGUAGUGGACCUCUAAAUGUUCAGCAUACAUGUUCACGCUUUGGUUUACAUGGAGUACUGACCAGAUUGAUUGUGUUGAAGGUAAUUACGCUAUAAAAGCAGAAAAAGUAGGGUGUAGUGCCACUUAAAGCCCCAGAAACACUGCUUUUUUUUAAAAAAAAAAAAGUCUGUUUUCUCUCUGAUGAUGUUGUGUUGUACAUAGGUGGGGAAAAAAAGAUAUUUUACAGAGCUUUUAUGUAAAUAUUCUCUAAAGUACAACAGGAUAUUAGGGCCACAUUUAGAAAAAAAUUCACAGGUUUAGAGAAUAAAGUUAGAAUAUUACUAGAACAAAAUCCUAAUUUUACGAGUAUAAAGUUGUAAUUUUACGAUAAUAAAGUAAUAUUUUAACCAGUUGUUUUAGAAGAGGAACGUUGUUAAAAUUAAGGUGAUGGAGCAUUUGAAGUUGUACUUCAGCACAGGUUUAACUAACCAGGAGAAGCUUUAUCUUUCGAGGCAUCAGCACCUUUAUAAAAAUGUGCUAGAAAAUGAAUCUAUUCUGCAAAAAGAAGCAGACUUGGAGGAAAUAGUUGCUUUUGUGUAGGGGGAAAUGGCUGGAAUUAGUUUAUUCUUGAAGGCUGUGAAAAAAUAUUUUUCUUAAUGUGGCCCUAAUACUCCAUCUUACUAAAGGGUGUGUUGUUUGAUUUUUUUACUUUUUCUUUUUUUUUUUUUUUUCUAAUGCAAAAAGCACUUUUCUUUUUUCUUUUGUGAGCAUUCCUGUUUUUGUUUUUUUGUUUUUUUUCUGUUGUGUUCUGGUCCAAAGUUCAGUGAUGGUGUAAAACUGCUUUUCCCAGCCAUUUGCUUUCCCUGAAGAAAAACCCAUGCCCUAAGGCUAUUUCACGGCAUUUCAGUAGAGGCAGUAAUUACGGCAUUAAUGUGCCUUCUUACUUUCUUUUAUUUUUUUUUCCCCUCCCCUCUUGUGGCCCAGUGCUGCUGCAGCAGCAUUCUCCAUCAGAAUAAAAUUUUGAUCGCUACUUACUUUUUUAUUUUUUGCCAGAGAAUGUGUCAGAAUUUAAUCAUAUUGUUAUGCCGUGAAUUCUGGGAAUCAUAGUCUUAGGGGCCGUGGGUUGUAGUCGACGACACUGGACAGAAACAGACUCAACUAUUUUGUCAAACUAGAUGUCAGGUUGAUGCUGUUACUCAAAUAAAAAGUAAAGUGGUGGGCUCCAGAAAUCUGCUGUUAGGGCUUGUAAUGAAUCACCAUGUGUGUGUGAGUGUGUGUGUGUGCAAGUUGUUUGAUGUGUGCGUGCAUACAUGCAUGUGUGAGUGAAUACAUGUCAGGUUGCAUGUAUGUCUGUUGAAUGUAUCUGCAAGUACUGUAAGUCAUAUGUGUGGAUGUCUGCAAGACUGUCUGUGUGUCUCCUUAUCAGACCCUAAAUGAAGAGUUCAAUAAUUAACAUGUUGCCAUUUAUUUUGUUAAUUUUGCAUAUUAGAUUAAAGUAUUGGUACAGUUUCUGAAAGACAUAUUGGUGAUGACAACAUACCAGGUAUGAAUGCUGCCAGAGUUCGAGAGCUCUCACGCUGAGAUUUGAGAGGAGGUGCUCUGAUGAGUAAAACCUGAUAAUGUAGUUCUUGACAGUGAUUAAUUCCCCUGGCUGCAGCACUCCAUGCAUGUGUCUGUGAGCCCCCGCCACUAUUCCCUUGCCUCUCAGACUGCACUGGUUUUUAUCUCAGACCUCGUAGCGCAGGCUUUGUUUUCUCACAGCAAGCCCUUGUACUUGUAUAUCUCAAGUGGAUGGUCCUGCCCUGGAGUGGUUCUGUUGCCUGUUACGAUCACUGUAAAUAUGGGAGCACAGUGCCUGGAGGCUAUAAGAUUUGUAUAUGUUCUUUUGUAUUUGAAUUGAGUCUAAAAAAAAAAAAAAAAACCUUCCCUUCUUUCCCCCUCUUUCCUCUCUGUCUCCUCCACCACACCUCAGUCCUUUUUUUUCUGUCAGGGGGUAAAACAGGUGUGUUUGAGCUCAGUGUACAGUAUGUGUCCUUUUUGUCCCCAUGCUCCCUGUGUCCCCUGGACUGUCCCUGCUGAGUGUGCUUUGUGCAGGAGGUGGGAACUAUUGAUGUCUCUCUGUACGUACCUGUGGAACACUUGUGACUCCUAUCAUUUGCAGCUGUAAAUAAACAUGUCCUGGUA